AUGAGUUUCAGGCGCAGCGGGGGACUCACUGCCCGCAACUUCAGACCUUGUCUACCCCAGAAUCUUCUCCGCAUCCGCUCCACUUUACCACCGCUCUUGUCCCGGAAGUUCCAUGCCAGCUCUUUGCUAUGGGGAAUUAAGUCACAAGUUUUAAAGGAUGUCGGCGAGGGCAUCACCGAGGUGCAGAUCAUUCAAUGGUACGUGGAAGAAGGGGCGUAUGUUGAGGAAUGGAAGCCUUUGUGCCAAUAUCAGUCAGAUAAAGCCGUCGAUGAUAUUACCUCGAGAUACGAGGGUGUUAUCAAGAAACUGCACUUCGAGACAGAUGAUACAGUGCCUACAGGACGGGCACUCUGCGAUAUUGAAGUCGAGGAUGGAAAAUACCACGACGAUAACCCACCACACGAACCCAAAGCAGAGUCCCCUGGACCUACCCCAGCCUCUGAGGUAGCAGCUGGGAUUCAAGCAGCCGAGUCCUCCCCAUUAUCACCCCCUCCUCCCAAUGUUGCCGACAUUCCUCAAGAGAAGCCCAAGUCAAAGCAUGCAUCCCUUGCCGUUCCCGCAGUCCGCGGGCUGUUGAAGAGUCACGGCGUGGACAUCUUAGAUGUCAAUGGGACCGGAAAAGACGGGCGGGUUAUGAAAGAAGAUGUGAUGAGGUUCGUAGCAAAGAGAGAUUCUCCCACCGCGCCACCAUCUGUGCCCACCCGAGCCUCCGCGGUACCAGACACACGGCAAGCAGAGUCAACUGUCAACUUGACCCCGAUCCAAUCCCAAAUGUUCAAGACAAUGACCAAAUCCCUGAGCAUCCCACACUUCCUCUAUGCAGAUGAACUCAAAGUCAACGACAUCACAGCCAUCCGCAAAAGGCUCGCCAGCGCCAAGCGCGAUCCUACCAAAAUCACCUUCCUCCCCUUCGUCGUCAAGGCCGUCUCACAGGCACUGACCGAAUUCCCAAUUCUCAACUCCAAGGUCGAUACCAGCGACCCCAACAAGCCCAAGCUAGUCAUGCGCGCAAAGCACAAUAUUGGAAUCGCAAUGGACACACCGACUGGUCUGAUCGUUCCUAAUAUCAAGGACGUCGCCAGCCGCUCCAUCUUCGACAUUGCCGCUGAGAUCGCGCGACUCAGCGCCCUCGGUCAGAGUGGCAAGCUGACCCCUGCAGAUCUCAGUGGUGGCACCAUCACGGUCUCGAAUAUUGGCAACAUCGGAGGUACGUAUGUAUCACCGGUGAUUGUCCCGACGGAAGUGGCUAUCCUCGGCGUGGGCAGGUCCAGAGCCGUGCCGGUCUUUGAUGAGGCCGGGCAGGUUACACGCGGGGAUAUGGUCAACUUCAGUUGGAGCGCAGACCACCGUGUCAUUGAUGGUGCGACGAUGGCGAGAAUGGGUAACCGGGUACGGGAGCUGAUUGAGUCGCCUGAGCUCAUGCUGUUAAAUCUCAGAUAA